UCAUUCUAGUUCUGGGCAUAUUUCAUCGGCGCGAACAGUUCAUGGGUCGUGAUACCAACACUCAUCGCGACAAGGAGCUGGAAGAAGAUCUGCACAGCAAUUCAUCAAAGCGAAAAGAGUUUGCAGGAAACAGCAGCUUCGGGAGUGCAAGUUCAGCAAAGCAAGAAAGGCAAAAACAGGUGUACAAAAUUACAGUCCCAGGCCAGCAAAUGAGCUAUUACAGUGGGCAAUCCAGACUCAGUCUGGGAUUCCCAGUGCGGCGCAGCUGUCUUGCUUGGCUUCCUCCAGUGGCUGUGAGAUCUUCAUCUCCCACACACCAGCGGUCGCAGCUCCAGGGCGCCUGAUCUUUUUUGCUGGUUGGGCAGGGGAGCCCAGGAGGUCCAACGGCGUCACAGGGCUCUAUUUGUUGCUACUUAUUUGCAUUAAAUGAAAAGCAAACAGAAUUUUGAAGCCAAUUCUGGUGUGAUGAAUGAUAAUACUUGUGAAGGACGAAGCUCCACCAGGACGCACCAUGAGGAGGAGAUGGCUUGGAAGCCUAGAUCUAUAAAGCCAAAACCCUCUCACUUGGAUGACCACCACACCAAUGAUCUUCUGUGCUGCGAAGCAACCUGCAUCGAACUUCAUGAGAUUGUAAGUAACUGCAGGGCCAGUGGUUCAGCUUGGAUGCCAUCUCCUAAGAAACAAGAAAGAAACCCUGAUGCUUUCCUUGGCUCCAUCCACAAGCGGCAGCCGGCCAACCUGCCGCUUUCCAUCCAUGAUAUCCCGCAUGCUCCAACAAGAUGAUGAUGCCUCAAAUGCCACAGGAGGUAGUGCCUGUCCAAGGUAAUGUGGUUUGGACUUCCAAUCAAGAUUCGCAGGCAGGGAGGCAAAACCACAUGCAGCCAUGGAUUGGUGCAAACAGCGAGAGGAUCCGAGGAAGGUUGACUAUCAUCCUGAGAUUAUUUGAGUACGAUGUGUAGAUGCGGUCGAGAGAAUGCAUGGAUGACGCAUCUCCAGUAUCAUGCGCUCUGUGGCUGCGGCGUCCUUGUAUGUCCGCUAAUUAUGGAAACAUGCUUGGACACUAAAACGUUCAUCACGAGACACUAUCCUUGGACCUCUCGUGAUCAAAGCUUCAAUUCAUGUCUCUAUUUAUGCAAUACGGAAUAAUUAUUGUUAUGGAAUAAUUUCUAGAUGACAAUGAUUUUGCAACCGCAGAUGCAUUUUUUGUUCUGGCGAAGUUAGCUUUUGCAUUCUUUGUAUAUCA